CUCCUCCGCCCAUCUCGCACAGCACGACGCGAGGGUCGGACGUACUUGACGCGAGCCGACUAGGGUAGUCCAGGUAGAGACAAUUGCCCUCGUGGCGCCGCACUAGUUAGCUGCCACCCAAGUACACCGAUCCAGCCCUUCCUCCGCCCCGCCAUGGAUCACUCCGGAGCGGCGAUGAUGGAGGCGGGCGGCGCGCCGACGAGGAAGGAGUCCGGGCGCCUCCCGUCGCGGCACGGCAGCCACCCGCACGGCCACAGCGGGCUCGCCCGGACGGCGCACGGCAUGUCCUCCUCGUCGCUGCGCAAGAAGUCGGACGCCACGCUGGUGCGCAAGGUCCCCGUCGCCUCGCUCCGCCCGGUCCUGGCCAACCUCCAGGAGGUCCUCCUCGGCACCAAGCUCGCCGUGCUCUUCCUCGCCGUCCCGCUCGCCGUCGCCGCCCAGUGCUUCCGCUUCGGCCAGGUAUGGGUGUUCGCCCUUAGUCUAAUCGGCCUUGUUCCUCUCGCUGAGCGAGUUAGCUUCCUCACAGAGCAGCUUGCACUCUACACUGGCCCCACUAUCGGCGGGCUCCUGAACGCAACCUGCGGCAACGCGACGGAGCUCAUCAUCGCGCUGUUCGCGCUGGUGGAGGGUAAGAUCGAGGUUGUCAAGUGCUCGCUGCUCGGCUCCGUGCUCUCUAACCUGCUCCUCGUCCUUGGUACCUCCCUUUUCUGCGGCGGCAUCAAGAACCUCGGCUCCGAGCAGCCCUACGACAGGAAGCAAGCGGACGUGAACACGGGCCUGCUGGUCCUGGGCGUGCUGUGCCAGUCGCUGCCGCUGCUGCUCCGCUACGCGGUGAGCUCCGGCGAGCACGCCGUGGCCACUGACACCACGGUGCUGGAGCUAUCCCGGGCCUGCUGCUUCAUCAUGCUCCUCGCCUACGUCGCCUACCUCUUCUUCCAGCUCAAGACGCACCGCCAGCUCUUCGAGCCGCAGGAGGUGGAGGGCGGUGAGGAGGAGGAGGAGGAGGCCGUCCUCGGCUUCGGGAGCGCCCUCUUCUGGCUCAUCCUCAUGACCGUCGUCAUCGCAGUGCUCUCCGAGUACGUCGUCGGCACCAUCGAGCCCACCUCCAAGUCAUGGGGACUCUCCGUCAGCUUCAUCAGCAUCAUCCUGCUCCCCAUCGUUGGCAACGCCGCGGAGCACGCCGGAGCCAUCAUCUUCGCGCUCAAGAACAAGCUCGACAUCACCCUCGGGGUGGCCUUGGGGUCGGCGACACAGAUCUCCAUGUUCGUGGUGCCAUUGAGUGUCCUUGUCGCUUGGAUCAUGGGCAUCCAGAUGGAUCUCGACUUCAAGCUGCUAGAGACCGGCUCCCUGUUCAUCUCGGUGCUAGUUACAGCAUUCACCCUCCAGGAUGGCACAUCGCAUUACCUCAAGGGGGUCCUCCUCCUCCUGUGCUACGUUGUCAUCGGCGCUUGCUUCUUCGUUACCAGACAACCAGCACAUAAUGCAAACAGCAACGGCAUCCUGCUAGAUGUACCAAUGGGUCCCAUGAACGUCCAGAUCGCAUAAGUGAUCGACAGAGGCCUGCCUGAACAAACCAGCAUCCGUGCAAGACCGAACGGGGACUGUUCGAGCCUGUAGCCACCAAAAGACUAUACCUAUCUUCUGUGCGCAUAAUUUGAUCUUGAUGAGCCAAGGAAGAUCCAUGAGGAGAAUUCCCCAUAUUCAGAAUCUCAUCCAGUAGGACCGUUGAGUAAUUGUUGCGUGAAACGUAUGCCAAUCGGCAAGAUAUGUUUAUUUUAUUUUCGAAUAUUAUUGUACUAGUAAUUUUCUUUGCCUCUUAAAUUGUUUAGACUAUUCGUCCAGCAAUAAGGUUAGCUCAUAUUACUUGUCUUAGCCAUAUGUACUCGGCGUUGGCGAGUUGUUCAUUUAUGCAGAUCAGUAUGAUAGUA